CAGAUGUAUAAAUUACCUGACGGAGGCCAGUUGGCCUUGACAAGCCUCCGCGGAAUUGUCACGUGAGUUAGCAAAAGUGAUUUUUAUUCGACAACUCGGUUCAGUCGUUGAAAACAACCGUAGUCAUGAAGUCAUUCGUUGAGUAUUCUACAGACUGUGAGUUCCCGAUUGAAAAUUUACCGUAUGGUGUCUUCUCGACGUCGAAAAAUCCGCAAAAGAGAAUAGGCGUAGCAAUUGGCAAUCAAAUAUUGGACUUGUUCGAAAUCUCACAUCUUUUCGAUGGACCUUUAUUGAAAAACAAUCAAGAUGUCUUUCGUCGCGAUUGCCUCAACGACUUUAUGGCUCUGGGUAGACCUUCCUGGAUAGAAGCCAGAGCCAAACUUCAGGACUUAUUGGCAGCCAAUAAUGAGACCUUGCAGGAACCAAAUAUUCGUUCAAAAGCUUUCGUUCUCCAAAGAGAAGCAACUAUGCACUUGCCAGCGAAAAUAGGCGACUACACAGACUUUUAUUCCUCCAUUCAUCAUGCUACCAAUGUAGGGAUUAUGUUCCGUGGGAAGGAAAACGCUUUGAUGCCAAAUUGGAAAUAUUUACCGGUUGGUUACCAUGGGAGGGUAAGCUCGGUCGUCGUCUCCGGAACACCGAUAAAACGACCACAUGGUCAGACACUUCCGGUGGAAGGUGCAGACCCAUUUUUUGGACCCUCCAGGUUGAUGGACUUCGAGUUAGAAGUCGCUUUUUUCGUUGGGGGACCGCCUACUAACUUAGGAGACACUAUUGCAGCAUCUAAAACAUAUGAUCGUAUUUUUGGAAUGGUCACCAUGAAUGACUGGAGCGCGAGAGACAUUCAAAAGUGGGAAUAUAUUCCGUUGGGUCCCUUCGGAUCUAAAAACUUUGGUACAACGGUAUCCCCAUGGGUUGUCACCAUGGAAGCUCUGGAACCCUUCAAAGUGCCCAAUGUACCCCAAGAUCCGAAACCAUUCCCAUACUUGCAGCACCAGGAGUCUUGUAAUUUUGACAUGAAACUAGAGGUUGACAUUAAAACACCAAACGGUACCGUUACCACUGUCUGUCGCAGCAACUACAAAUACCAGUACUGGACACCCCAGCAGCAAUUAGCUCACCACACCGUAACCGGAUGCAAUAUCAAUCCAGGUGACUUAAUGGCUUCCGGUACGAUAAGUGGCGAGUCGCCGGAUUCUUUUGGCUCCAUGCUCGAGCUAUGCUGGAAAGGUACUCGACCCGUACCGUUAAAAGACGGGACCAGCAGGAAGUUCUUGCAAGAUGGCGACGAGGUGAUCAUUCGAGGUUACUGUGUCGGCGAUGGCUAUAGAAUUGGAUUCGGGCCGUGUUCCGGGAAAUUGUUACCUGCCAAUACUGAAUAAUUCUCCACUUUCAUAUUUUAUAAAUGUUAGAAAUCCUCUUGUAUGUUUUAUACCUGAUUAUCCUUGCAUUGGGAAUACAAUAA